AUGAAUCCGAGGUCAUUGCGAACGUUGGCUAUGGGAACUGGAGUCAUCUUGGGUGGGAUUUUCACUCUCAACCUGGCUUCUACUGUUACUCUCAAGACCCUCUAUCUUGUAUCUGAGAGAAAGCGGAAAAAGGUUGCGUUGCCAUGCAUGGCUUGUAGAGGGAAGGGGUUUUAUAUAUGCAAGUUGUGCAAAGGAAAUUCCACCAUAGAAUGGUCACCUUUAUAUGAUCCUAUUGCCAUUAAUCCCUGCCUUUGUCCUACUUGCGAGGGAAAUAGGGUGCAACGCUGUCUAAACUGUCUGGGAAAGGGCUAUGAUUGAUCUGUGGAGGCAUAUGCAUUUUUUAUGUUCCAGUGGACUAUGAUUAUCUAAGGUUUGUCAGAUUGGCCAUGUUUUGUUCUGUCGACACUGCACAUUAUUGAUGCAGUGGAAUUUCUGCUGCGAUAUGUUGAAUUUGUUUGGCCCUCUCGAUCUGCUCUUCUCAUUUCAUCCACCUCCUGCAAAUUCAUUAUUAAUAUUGCUGUAGGAGCUAAAGAUUUGUAUGGGGUAUGGACCGCUUGGUAGUACAACUUCAAAACUGAGAUGCCAGUGAUUGUGGCUGUCUCCAAUGUGUUUUUUGUAUGUCUCUAAAAAUAAAGAGGAGAUUCUGUGCGUAUUUUAAACCUUACACGUGAAUGGUGAUUUAUGAGCCUUCUGGUAUAA